AUGAAUGCACUGAUUCGCUGCUUGGGCCAAGCGGGGAUUUCCAGCCCAGCAGAACAAUUUGUGACUCUUGGAUCCCUGACUCCAUUCCUCAAUGGCUCGUCCUACCUCUCCGUGUACCGCAAGAUUCUGAUGCAGAAUGUGGAAAGUGUAACUAAUUACUGUUACCCCCCGGAGACACAACAAGUGCUGACACAGCUACUUCAGGAGCCAAGCAUGCUUGGAAAACCCAUUCAGUGGCAGUCUCUGGCUCUACAGCGCUUGGACAGGUUGGUUUCCCUCUUUCCAGAGCGUUCUCUGCAGUCGUUGAACACAGCUGUGCUUUCAAGCCGCUGGGUGCUGCAGAUUUUCUCUGAAGAGAAUAAGUGGGUGACGUCGCCCUUGGGUGCUGCUUGUGUUCAGAGUGAAAGUCCAGCUCAGCGUGCAGCGCAUACCCUAAGAAGACGCACGUUGCUGCGUCGUUCUCUUAUAGCACAGCCUUCAUUGAGAACUUCAUUGCCAGCUCCUGACUGUCGCACACUCCGUGGCGUCACUGCCUCUGUAUGGGGCACAGAUAUUCUGAUGAAGAUGUCGUCUAUAGAUUUUAUGGACUGCCUUGAAGACAUUGGUCAGGAUCCUGAUAUCACAUCUAAGGAGUUGACCUCUCUGAUGAGUAGAGUUCUGCAGAUCAGUGGUCCUGUGUCUGAAAUCCCUCCUCUUAUGAUUGCUCGUCUUGGACGCUUGUCAACUAAACUCAGUGAGAGUCAACUUCAGCAGGUACUUCUGGCAGACAUGCAAGUGAUGGAGGCUCUAGGGAGAGAGAAAGAAUGGACCACAAAGCAGUUACAGAUAUUGGCACAGGGUUUCCUCAGAUCAAACAGUCUCUCAGUGCAGGAUCUAGAUGGUGUGCAUUUGGCGACUCUGGGCCAUGCAUUGUGUGGCUUAAGAAGUGAGGACAUGGAGCAGCUGCACGCUUAUGAAUUUUGUUCUGCGGUGCUUUAUCUGGGCUCACUCCCCCUUCAAUGUACGGAGCAGCAGCUAUUCAUUCUCACCCGACUUUGCGCGCACAGUGACGUAUUUGGACCAGUCAGCCAGUGGACAGAGGAUAUUUUUCGGGAAAUGGGAUCUGUGGCUGCUGGAUUGCAGGAUAUUGAGCUCUCUUCCUUGGUCUUGGAGCAGAUUCAGGGACUGUCCCCUCUAGCCGUGUCUCUAAUGCCUCCCAAGAAGUUUGCAGUCUCGUUCUCAGCUCUGCAGCUCCGCAUGUUCUCCUGGUCUCAGGCAAUGGGUGUAACAAACCAGCAGUGGAAACUCCUGGACCAAGAACAACAGAAAUCGCUCAAUGUGAUCCUCACGGGGGAAGAGAAUGGAACGCAAGAUUACAGAGCAGGGAUGUCCUAUGCUGGUCACUGCUCCCCGUGUCCUCUACUCUUUUACUGCUCUCUGCUGCUGGCGCUGUGUGUGAUUUUCCUUUCGUGACACAUCUGUUGCCAGUCUGGCCCCUGGCUUGUGGCUCUCAUGAGGACUCUGUGUGGGAU